UGUAUCAUACAUCACACUUUGCCGUGGUAUCAAAAUUACGCUCAAUCUCCUCUUCAUCUUCACUCUCCAAAAUCUCUCUCUCUCUCUCUCUCUCUCUCUCUCUCAAUUCUCUAAUCUUCGAAUCCAACGCAGAAAAAACUCGAUUUUCCUCCCAAUCUCGCACUCAUGGUUCCCGCCUUCUCUCCCUCCUCCACCGUUCCCAUUUCCCGGCGCACCGAUCCAAAUCCAAGUUCCCUUUUCCUCCGCUUUCUAGAUCUGAAACGAGCUCGGAUCUAGGGCUCUGAUUUACGAGAGAGAGAGAGAGAGAGAGAGAGAGAGAGAGAGAGAGAGAGAGAGAGAGAGAUGUUGAACAAAAUCAUAAAGCGCGGGACCCGCAGGUCUUCGAAAUCUGGCGCAAUCGAGACGGCCGUCUACCCGUACGGAUCGUCCGGCUACCGCAACCCGGGCGUGGGUCCUACGACCCCAUCCGGCAUCACCGUCAAUCACGCCUCUCGCGCCGCGGCCUCCAAUUCCCAGGAACCCCCCUCCGCCGCUUCGGCUGCUGCUGCCGCCGCCCCAGACCGGGCCACACCCCUCGAUGCCUCCUCCAACAUCGUCGAGAUCCUGCCCUUCUUCCGCGACAUCCCCGCCCCAGACCGCCCGGCCCUCUUCCUUCGCAAGCUUAACCUCUGUCGCAUCGUCUUCGACUUCUCUGACACCCUGAAUUCCCCCCGCGAGAAGGAGGCCAAGCGCCAGACCCUCGUCGAGCUCGUCGACUUUGUCCAGUCUGGCGCCGCUAGCAAGCUUCCCGACCCCGUCCAUGAGGAACUCAUCCACUCCAUAUCUGUCAACAUCUUCCGCUGCCUCCCACCAGCCUCCCACGAGAACACUGGCUCCAACCCCUCCGCCGACCCUGACGAUGAUGACCCCUACCUUGAUCCUGCCUGGUCCCAUCUCCAGCUCGUCUACGAGCUCCUCCUUCGCUACAUCAUCUCUUCCGACACCGACACCAAGGUCGCCAAACGCUACAUUGACCACUCGUUUGUCCUCCGCCUGCUUGACCUCUUCAAUACUGAGGACCCCCGCGAGCGUGAGUACCUCAAGACCAUCCUCCACCGCAUCUAUGGGAAGUUCAUGGUUCACCGCCCAUUCAUCAGGAGGGCCAUCAACAACAUCUUCUACCGCUUCAUUUUUGAGACUGAGCGCCACAGUGGGAUUGCCGAGCUGCUGGAGAUCCUUGGCAGCAUCAUCAAUGGGUUUUCCCUGCCAAUGAAGGAGGAGCACAAGCUCUUCCUGGCUCGGGUGCUCAUCCCGCUACACAAGCCAAAAUCGGUCACCAUCUACCACCAGCAGCUCUCAUAUUGCAUAACCCAGUUUGUCGAGAAGGACUACAAGCUGGCAGAGAUGGUGAUAAGGGGGUUGUUGAAGUAUUGGCCUGUCACCAACUGUCAGAAGGAGGUCCUUUUCCUUGGGGAGUUGGAGGAAGUUCUGGAGCUGACGCAGUCUGCGGAAUUCCAGCGAUGCAUGGUCCCACUCUUCAGACAGAUUGGGUGCUGCCUUAACAGCUUUCAUUUCCAGGUUGCAGAGCGGGCCCUCUUCCUCUGGAACAAUGAACACAUUGUAGGUUUAAUCGCCCAAAACCGUAAGGCCAUUCUCCCUGUCAUCUUUGAAGCGUUCGAGAAGAACAUGAAGAGUCAUUGGAGUCAGUCAGUUAAUGGCCUGACAGCGAAUGUGAGGAAGAUGUUCCUUGAUAUGGACAACGAACUAUUUGAAGAGUGCCAGCGGCAGUAUGAAGAGAGAGAGGUGAAUGCCAAAGGGUUGGAAGAGCAACGGCAAUUGGCAUGGAAGAGACUGGAAGCCUUGGCCACAGCCAAACCUGAGGAUGAGGAGAUGGUCGUGGUCAACUAGCUGAGCUUUGGUGGUAUUCAAUCUGUCCAAAUUCAAUAUUUGCCAUGUUGCAAUGCAAGCAGCGAGCAAUUGUAAUUUAAACGCAUCCUCUUGCAGUGCAGCCAUGGCAAGGUCACCUGCCACGUGUCAAAUGUGGUGUGUGUGUGUGAGAUCCUGACCAUUCAUCAGAUUGGCUCCACCUCAUAUCAGCCAUUACCUGAAAGCCAAGACAAACAAGUCACUGUGUAUGUCAAAUGUGGACUAUUAGUUUAUUCUUUUUAGCUGUUCAAUUGUUUUUACCCAUGCGUCCUGCCCCCGAUUUUCUGCCACGAGCCAUGGAGGGUCCACCUGAUGAACGGCCCGGAUCUUGCACACAUUCUACUAUAGUAGUCUUUACAUUUUCUCUGUAGUGAUAUAUGCUGCAGAUCAUGUAUGCAUCAUGAAGUUUGUUUUUAUUCUUACAUUCUUUUUAUUAAUUUUGAGGAAAGUGAGGCCUCUCUCUUGCAAAGCUCA